AUGACGAAGCCAUGGACGUACCUCAGCUUGAAAGCUGUCUUUCAAUACAUGGAUGGUAAUAAACGACUGGAACUAAAUUUCCAUUGUCCAGCACUUCGGUCUGCCGAAUGCUCAGUGCCGUUGAACCUGCAAUGCCUGACUUUCGAAAAAGAAAAAAUUGUAGCCAACGGUGUUUGCUACAAGGUGGAGUGGUAUCAAAAUCACAAAGGAUCAAAAAAGUGGAGACAAAAAAAAUGGGGAUCAAAAAAGUGGAGAAGACAAAAAAAAGUGGAAUCAAAAUCACUAAGAAUCAAAACAAUUUUGGACGGCAGAAAACAUGUUCGCGUGGAAAUUUUGAAAGUUCACAAUUCAAGUGUGAUCCCAGGCAGUCUGAAAAUCAGUACGAGGAACUUGGAUUCUGGAAACUUAGACCUCGAAAGGGUGUUUCCUUUUAUAAACAGAUCUAGCUUCCCGUUGAAAGAACUCCGAGUGAACAUUGCUAAAACUCCAAAUCUCACAAAUUAUUUGGGAUUCACUCAGACAUUGAUUCUUUUCGAAACAAAUGCAGAUUUGGUUCGGAGCGUUUUGUACGAUCCCCAAAUCCCUAAUAUAGUACUAGAAAACCAUUUUCUGACGAGUAAUACUACGGUUGCUCUCAUCCAAAAUUGGAGAGAUAACCAGAAAGAAAUUGGAACGUUCUUGACAAUGCAGAAUAAAUAUUGUGAUAUGCCAUUUCCUUAUCUUGACGAAACACUAGAAAAUUUGAAUGGAAGGAUUGCUUAUUUCAACUAUUCCGUUUUACAAAAUUUGAAUCGCCGUUGCAUUUCGUUCCCGUUCAACCAAACAUCCGAGUUGGUUUUGUAUAGUAUUAGAGAUGGACCAAGUGGGAAAAGAAGAACCAAACUAGAAGUGAUGCCAAUCGGAUCUACUGGACCAGGAACCUUUUUUGAUAUUUUCAUUUCCUUCAUUUCUUUAUUUUUCACUGCUAAUCGUCAUACUUCUUCCGCCAUUUCUGCAGUUAACUCGAUGAAAUUCAGAUAA